CGCCGGGGCGGAGGGUCCCGGGGCGCGCUGCCGGCGGCGAGGGGAGGGUCCUGGUGCCUGACGGUGCCCCGAGGCGGGGCGAUGCGAGGCCGCGCCGCCGCCUCCGCGCUGCCUGCGGCCGAGGGGGGAGCAGCGGGCCGAGGCGCGCGGUUGCUGCUGCUGCUGCCGCCUCCUCCUCCUCCUCCGCCGCCGCCUCCGGAGCACCGAGAGCCGCCGGCGGAGCGGGGGGUGCCCGGCCGCGGCGCCGUCCGGAAACAUGAGGCAGUACAUCACAGCGCCCACAGUCACUGUCCUUCUGUUCCUGCUGUGGAUCCAGUCGUCAACAGGCUGCAAUAAGGCUCUCUGUGCUAGCGAUGUCAGUAAAUGCCUCAUACAGGAGCUGUGUCAGUGCCGCCCUGGGGAAGGGAACUGUUCCUGCUGUAAGGAGUGCAUGCUCUGCCUGGGCACACUUUGGGAUGAGUGCUGUGACUGUGUUGGUAUGUGCAAUCCUCGCAAUUACAGUGACACACCUCCAACAUCCAAGAGUACUGUCGAGGAGUUGCAUGAACCAAUUCCUUCCCUUUUCCGGGCACUGACAGAAGGGGAUACUCAGCUGAACUGGAAUAUCGUUUCUUUCCCUGUGGCAGAAGAACUGUCGCACCAUGAGAACCUCGUUUCCUUUUUAGAAACCGUGAACCAGCCACAGCAUCAGAACGUCUCUGUUCCAAGCAACAAUGUCCACGCACCUUACUCUAGUGACAAAGAACACAUGUGUACUGUGGUGUAUUUUGAUGACUGCAUGUCAAUACAUCAGUGCAAGAUCUCUUGCGAGUCCAUGGGAGCUUCCAAAUACCGAUGGUUUCACAACGCCUGCUGUGAGUGUAUUGGGCCAGAAUGCAUCGACUAUGGCAGUAAAACUGUAAAAUGUAUGAACUGCAUGUUUUGAAGCAGGAAAAUUGUAAUAUAGCAAUACUGAGGCCAAAGUAAUCUCUCUCAGUUAAAGAGAUGGGGAUUGCAAAUACUGCGUUUUGGUGGAGUGCCUACUGGUUGCAAUUAAAUGUACCUGGCUGAAAAAAGAUGUAUAAAAUCUGAAACCUUUUCUUUUUUUUUAAUUCAUGUAAGCAAGGCUAACUAGUAGAUGUUUCAACACUAUGUUUUAAGUUUAUUUUUCUUUAUUUCUGCUUGAAUGGUACAGCCAUGCUCAUCGUUGCUGUUCUGACUGUUUUUCUUUGAUUUGAAAGUAUUGACUAUACUGGUUUUCAGAAUGUAGUACUGUAUCUUGUAGUUUAGACUAGGGAAACCUUAAGGAUAUGGUAAUGAGAUUUCCAUCAUCUAAGUUCAACAAAUAAUUAAAUGGCUGCUAGGUUGCAGGGGCAUAGUUGUUCUUUAGGUGCUGGGUUGUUUGUUUCAGUUUCUGGUUUUGUUUUUUAACUUUAUUACCGUCUAGUUUUUGAGCUUAGCCUUCUAUUGUAAAAAUGGUAUUUGGGGAAAAAAAACCCCUCAUGCUCUCUCUUCAGUGCAUGGGCUGCCAUGGAUGAAAUCCUAACUUCUUAGAAGGGCUGCCCAACAAAACAGUAUGUAUGGGACACUUCUCUUCCAAGUUUCAUUGCCCUGCUCUUGUAAAUAUAUUGGGGCCUAUGUUGCAUAAUUUAUAUAUAAAAAAAAAAGUAAUCUUUUCAGUCUUCUCUUAGAUACCAAAAUAAAGCUGUUAAAUGCAGUUGUAUGUCCCUCCUUUUGCACUGUUCUAGGGUUACUUACUUCCUGAAUGUUCAGUCCAGUAAAGGAAACAUGAAAGGUUAUUAUGGAUUUAAUGAUUAAAUGAAUAAAGAAGAAUGAAAUUACAUGAACUAGCAAGUGGUACAGGGCUACUAGUUGAGCAGUUGGCAGCAGCCAUGUUCCCAUUUAGCAGUUUGCUGUGAAUAUUUAUUCCAAAACAUAAUUCUUAGAACUUCUAUUUCCUGCCCCCCCCCCCGAAAUGUCACUGAAGAAGGGAAGAUGUGUCCCCAAAGGCAAAACUAGGAUGUUCUGAGUUCAGAACAUGGUCCAUUUUUCUAAGUAAGAGUUCUAAUAUGUUGACAGUUACGUAGCAGUUACUAUGACCCAGUUAGGGCUCCAUUGGUAAUGGUACUAAGUACAAGAAUAAAGUGUAUGAGUAUGAGUAGUUAAUGAUCAGCUUUUGGUAUUUAUAAUGAUGUGGGUUUUAACUCCUUGAAUAUUUUUUUUAAUGCGUAUAUGCAUAUGCACACACAAAAAAGAAUUUGACUAUUCAUAUUUCUCUCACUAACCUCAGUCUAGAGGGAUUAAACUAUUUUGUAGUCACACCUGUCUAUCUGUACCAUGUACAAAUGGAAGCAGUCAUUUUAAAUCUAUUUUGCUGAAAAGUUUGCCUGAAUGUUUUUUCAUUUUUUUCUCAUGAUACAGUUCUUUCAGUAAGAUGAAAUAAUAAUAAUAAUAAAAAAUCUGCUUUUGUGAAAUAACAUUGCUUUCUUCAGUCUCUUUUUCAGCUAUAAAGAAGUACUUGAAAGAUGAAGGUUUAUUGUUUUGAACUAGUGAAUGAUGGAAUACCUUCAUACUUUAAACUUGCAAUUAAGUGAUAAAAAGAAUCAUAGACAUGAAUAGAAAAACUUAGCUUAUCAUGAAGGAGUUGUUCUUCCUGUAUUUGACAAUUCAUGUUAUCUUUUCUUCUGCCUGAGUUUCUUAAAAUGAAUGGAGAGAAAGAAUAUGUUACAGUAGCUGUGACUUUUUAGCUGGAGGGUGAUGCGUCAUCGUUCUUGACCAAGAUAGAAGACAUAUGGUAAGCAUUGCUACAGGUCAUUAGCAUGCUUUGGAUUCUUGCAACGUUAAAUUACUGGAAACAUUAUGGUAGUUCAGAAUCUUCUUGGGGGGAAAACUGCUGCCCCAUGGAUCUGUGAUACUGUCUCCAUUUACAUCAUCAGAAUUUCACUGUGAGGUCAAGUCAAGGGAACAGCAAGGGUGGGGAGUGGGAGAGAUGGGGGACUGGCCUAACAGGUGUCCAGGCAACACUGUGGGGAAUAGCCUAAAAAUGUGAACACAGUUGUCUCUGUAAUGGCCUGAGAGUAGGUAGUGAGGAUGCACACUUUCUGGGGCUUGCCUUAUUUUUUGUAAUUCCUGAUGCUGUCUAGAGUUCGCUGUAAGCAUUGUGUGUAUGCAAAUUUCAUACAGCAACAUCCAGUGUAUUUUAUUACGAUGAGUGUUUUAAGAGGUAUUUAAUAAAAAGAUAUUACUGGUU